AUGCAUGCUAGUGAGGUUUCCACCGAGUUCUUGCUCAUGGGACUCAUUUCUGAGGAGCCAGCCUCCAAGACGGGCUUCUACAACUCUGGCAUUACCAUCGACAGGGCCCGCACUGCUGUAGAAGCUCUGCAGGAGCGCAGCCGGCAGGCAGAUGGCUCUAGCCUGUCAUCGCCUGCCCCAGAGCUGCCCUUCAGCCGGGACGCCAAGCGCGUCUUUGAAACCGCUGCAGAGGAAGCACGGAAGCUGGGCCAUAACUACAUCAGCCCAGAGCAUGUGGUGCUGGCGCUCUUCUCAGUUGGCAAUGUGGGCGCCAAGCAGGUCAUUGAGAAGCUGGGGCUGACGGACGGGGGCAAGGCCAUCAAAGACAAUGCGCGUGAGCGGCUCAAGGGUGAGGGAGAGGUAAAGGAGCAGCGCAAGAAGACGGUGUCUGGAAAGGAGGUGACCACCAAGGCGCUGGACGAGUUCUGCAGGGACCUCUGCGAGCAGGCUCGCAAGAAGGGCAUGGAUCCGGUGAUUGGGAGGGACAAGGAGGUUGCGCGCGUGGUGCAAGUGCUGGCCAGGAAGAGGAAGAACAACCCCGUCCUGCUGGGGGAGCCCGGCGUCGGCAAGACCGCCAUCGCCGAGGGCCUCGCCCGCGCCAUCGUCUCUGGCUCUCUGCCGGACGGUAGCGCGCUGCCGGCGUUUCUGGAGGGCAAGCGUGUGAUGGCGCUGGACCUGGGCCUGCUCAUUGCCGGCGCCAAGGAGCGCGGCGAGCUUGAGUCGCGCGUCACCAACAUCAUCGCAGAGAUCCGCGCCGCCGGCAACAUUGUCCUCAUGAUCGACGAGGUGCACAUGCUGGUGGGCGCGGGGUCAGUCAGCCGCUCAGGCGGCAGCGGCCUGGAUAUCAGCAACCUGCUCAAGCCGCCCCUGGCGCGUGGGGAGCUGCAGUGCAUCGGCGCGACCACCCUCGACGACCACCGCAAGUACAUUGAGCGCGACGCCGCCCUUGAGCGCCGAUUCCAGCCCGUCCAUGUGGCCGAGCCCACCGUCACCGAAGCCCUCCAGAUCCUGCACGGCCUCCAGGAUUCGUACGAGAAGCACCACCACUGCCUGUACACGCCGGACGCAGUGGAGGCGGCAGUGACGCUGUCGGCGCGCUACAUAGCGGACAGGCAGCUGCCGGACAAGGCCAUCGAUCUGCUGGACGAGGCCGGCAGCCGUGCGCGCAUCGCCGCCCAUGUGGCGCGCCGCGACGCCCUCUCCGGCGGCCGCCCAGUUGCCGACAUCGUCGCUCCCUGGCUGGAGCUGCAGCAGGUCCUUGAGGCCAAGGACGAGGCCAUCAAGGAGGGCCUGUUUGAGGAGGCGGGGCUGCUGCGGGAGCGCGAGGUGGACAUGAAGGUGCGGCUGUCGGGCCUGCCGGAGGAGGCGCCCACCGUCGUAACCGUCACCACCGCUGACGUGGAGGCGGUGGUGUCUGCGUGGACCGGCAUUCCCGUGCAGCGCAUGACCCAGGACGACCGCGAGCGUUUGUCCCGCAUGGAGCCCGCCCUCAAGGAGAAGGUGAUUGGGCAGGCGGAUGCAGUGGGCGCAGUGGCGCGCGCGAUGCGGCGGGCACGCUCCGGCCUCAAGGACCCUGCGCGCCCCAUUGCGGCCAUGCUCUUCGCGGGCCCCACCGGUGUCGGCAAGACCGAGCUCACCAAAGUGUUGGCGGACCAGUACUUUGGGGACGAGGCGGCGAUGAUCCGGCUGGACAUGAGCGAGUACAUGGAGCGCCACACGGUGGCCAAGCUCAUCGGCGCGCCCCCCGGCUACGUCGGGUACAGCGAGGGCGGCAAGCUCACCGAAGCCGUCAGGCGGCGGCCGUUCUCAGUGGUGCUGAUGGAUGAGAUUGAGAAGGCGCACCCAGAUGUCUUCAACAUCCUCCUGCAGAUAUUGGAGGACGGGCGGCUAAGCGACAGCAGCGGGCGGGUGGUUUCGUUUAAGAACACGCUGAUCGUGAUGACCUCCAACGUGGGCAGCAGCGUCAUCGCCAAGGGCGGCGGCCAGCUCGGCUUUGCGCUGCCCAGCGAGGACGGCGCCGAGGCCGACCGCUACGCCCGUAUCCGCACCCUCGUCCUCGAAGAGCUCAAGGCGUACUUCCGGCCGGAGCUGCUGAACAGGCUGGACGAGAUUGUGGUGUUCAAACAGCUGAGCACGCGCGACGCGCGCACCAUCGCGGAGCUGCUGCUCAACGAGACGCGCCAGCGCAUGGCGACCCGCGGCAUCGGGCUGCAGGUCACCGCGCCCCUCAUGCGCCUCAUCUGCCAGGAGGGCUAUAAUCAGGAGUAUGGUGCGCGGCCGCUGCGGCGCGCGAUAACGCGGCUGGUGGACGAUGCGUUGUCGGACGCCAUCCUGGGCGGCCAGCUGGCGGAGGGUGACGUGGCAUGCAUGGACGUGGACGCGGCCGGCGCCGUCACCGUGUCGGCCGCGCAGCCGGGCGACGUGCGCAUCCUCAAGAGCGAGAUCGUCGACUCCAGCCUGCUCAAGAAGAGGGCCGACAUCAUCAUCAAUGCCUGA